AUGCCCAGUAGCCUAGAAAGCCGAUGCAUCAGACUUGAAGUCAUCAGCGGAAAGAAUCUUAAAGCCCCCUUGUGGCGCAUUCCCGCUGGCAUUUACGUAUCCAUCAAUGUCGACUCCCGGAGACUCUGGAAAUCGACCAUCAGUGUCUUAUCAUCGGAUGAAUAUGUAGCAUGGGGGAAUACUGUGACUCUAUCAUCACACGCCUCACCUGCACUAUCAGUGGAGAUCAGGGCAUCCUAUGAGGUCGAUCGAAUGCUAGGUAGUGGAGGGAUCAUCGGGAAACUUCAAAUGUCAUGGGAUGAGCUGCUGGGUCAUGGAGACGAGUCAUUCGAUCUAUUCUUCCCACCCAUUCGUGGUGCCUGCCCUUCCCUCACGCUGAAGGCCGUCGUUGUACAUGCUUGCGACGAUCAGGACAGCGCACUGUCUGAUUCCCCCGUAUACAGUGAUAUUGCUCGAGACACAGAUGCAGGCCAUGCACGAUUUGCCGAAUACGCGACGAGCGGGACGGUCUCUCACCUGAACGAUGCUGUGCAGCAUUUUCAGUUGGUUCUUAACCAGUGCCCGGUCGGCCAUCCUGAUCAUGCAGCAGCUCUCACCAACCUCGCGAAUGCCCGCCUUGAAGGCUACAUUCGAAACCAUCUUCAAGACAUCGAUACCACCGCUUCCUUCUUCCGCGAAUCCCUUGCGUUGCGUCCGCAGGGUCAUUCCGAUCACGCAUCAUCCCUCCAUGAUCUCAUUAGAGCAUUGAAUUGGCGCUACAGCAAGGAGUCCACCGCCAUCUACAUUGAGGAAUCCGCGCAGCUGUGCUGCAAGCUGCUGCCCCUCUGUCCAGAGGGCACCUACCUUCGUAGCAUCAGCGUAGACACCAUUCACCUUCGACGAAACAUGCUCGAGCUUUGUCUCAUGGGCCAACAACACCGUCCAAAUGCGCUUGACAAACUUUCAUGGGCUCUCUUCAUGCGCUUUACACAGUGCGGCGACAUUGAUGAUAUAGAUGAGAGCAUUCACCUUCGUCGUGAAGCUGUUUCUCUGUGCCCCACAGGACAUUCUCAUCGCGGCUCCUACCUGAACAACUUGGCCCUUUCACUCAAGAACCGCUUCGAUCACCAAGGCAAACCCAAUGACCUUGAUGAGGCGAUCACUUCGUUUGAAGAAACGCUGCGUCUGCGCCCUGUUGGGCAUGAAUUUCGUCACUUCUCAUUGGACAACCUUGGGCUCGCCCUGAUCACCCGUUUCAACAAACGCAAUAACAUUGAUGACAUUGCCCGAGCUAUCAGCCUCCAUCGCGAGGCACUCACGUUGUGCCCACCUGGGCAUCCACAUCGUGACAUCAGACUUAACAAUCUUGCCCUCGCGCUCCAAAACAGAUAUGUCAAAACAUAUGUCAGCGAGGAUCUUAACGAGGCCAUUAAUUGGUAUCGUGAAUCCUUUCGGUUAAAGCGGCUUGACGAUCCAGAGCGCCAUGCAACUCUUUACAAUUUGAGCUCGGCGCUCUGCUCUCGUUUCAUGCAAACUCAGACAAAUGAAGACGUCGAGGAGGCCAUUCAACUUUGCCAAGAAGCGCUGGCGUCUCUGCCUUCACUGCACCCAGGCAGAUCCAGGAGCUAUGCAUGGCUACAGAUGACUUAUCUGUCUCGUUACUGCAUACAACACAAUCCUGUUGAUUUAUCGCUUGCAGUGGAGAACUUCAGGCUGUCGUCGCAGCACCCCACUCAAGGAUUCCCAGAACGCAUCAUUCAGGCAUAUAAUUGGGCCAUUGCAGCGGAGCAGCAUGGACAUGAAUCCGCACUGGAGGCCUACUCGACAUUUUUCGAGCUUCUGGAUGCUCAUUUAGCAACACGAUCAUCGGCGACUUCACGACGCGAAGCUGCGGCGGCGUUUCGUGAUAUUUCAAGACUGCCUGUAGAUGCAGCAUCGUGUGCCAUACGUCGUUCCAAUGUUCAACACGCAAUCGAACUGGUAGAGCAGGGUCGUGGCCAGCAAUGGUCGCUCGCCUCUCGACUCAAGACUCCAGUUGAAGACCUCGAGUCAGCAAAUCCGACACUGGCACACAAAUAUUUGGAGCUGAGCAAGUGUGUUUCAAGUGCUGCACAGAGUUCUGCAACCAUCACCGACAGAACUGCUGCUGAUCGGGCAGCAACAGAGUACAGGAGACUUGCAAAGCAAUGGGAGAACGUGGUAGCUGAGAUACGUAAUCUUCCGGCGUUCUCGCGGUUCCUGCUUCUACCUUUGUACGAAAACCUGCAAGCGGCAGCACGUCAUGGCCCGGUCAUUAUCCUCAUUGCCAGUCAAUAUUCGUGCAGCGCCGUCAUCGUCCCGACAUCAGGAGACCCCCAUCAUAUUUCGUUGCCGUCUGUCUCUCUCACAGAACUGAAUAAUCUUAAAGAACGCUUCGCCAGGGCAAUACGACACGCGUCUAUCAUGGGCCCAAAAGUACCGCGCAACGAUCUAAUAGUUCUUUUGCGGACAGUGUGGGACGUGAUCAUGCUACCCAUCGUCAACGUACUCGAGAACGUCCUCGAUCUAAAGCACCGCUCUCGAAUCUGGCUGUGUCCUACUGCAGCUUUCACGUCUAUUCCUCUCCAUGCGGCUCACCCCUUCCAAACAAAGGCAGAUGGCUCUAAGGAGCCAUGCCUGGAGGAUCUCUAUAUCUGCUCUUACACGCCGACACUUUCGGCUUUGGUCAGAUCUAGACAGAUGAUGAAGAGGCGUGUCACUCCGUCCUUCGCGACAAUCGGACAAGGUCAACCGGGUGCAGGGAAAGGCAAGGCGCUCUUGGCUGUCGACAGCGAGCUCGAGCUUGUCCAUAAGUUAGUCCCUACAACAGCCAACCAUACGACUGUUUCUGGGGAUGCAGCGACACGAGCAGGUGCACUCCGAGCUUUGGAAGAGAACACCUGGGUGCACCUCGCUUGUCACGGAAAGCAGGACCCUACGCAGCCUUACAAUUCGCAUUUCGUCAUGAGAGAUGAACAUCUGACGCUGCUUGAUAUCAUGGAGAGAGACAUUCCGCAUGCCGAGUUCGCAUUCUUAUCCGCUUGUCAUACCGCCGUUGGCGAUGAGGAAACGCCCGACGAGGUCAUUCAUCUCGCAGCUGGUCUCCAGUUUUCAGGGUUCAAGAGUGUCAUUGGCACGCUGUGGGAAGUCAACGAUGCUGUCGCAAAACACGUCGUCGAGGCGUUCUACAAAUAUAUGUUCAUGGAUUUGAAGGAUGGUGCCGGUAGUGUGAUGGACUGUACGAGGGCGGCCUGGGCACUCAACCGUGCUACACAUGCUGUGAAGACGAAAGUGCCGCUCGAGCAGAGGAUGGUUUUCAUUCACAUCGGUGUGUAG